CUCCCAGGGCGCGGCCCCGGAGGAGCCGCCGCCAUGAACAGCGUGGGAGGCGCCGAUGAGAUCGGAAAGCUGUUCGUGGGUGGCCUGGACUGGAGCACGACACAAGAAACCCUUCGUAACUACUUCUCCCAGUAUGGAGAAGUCGUAGACUGUGUAAUAAUGAAAGACAAAACAACAAAUCAAUCUCGAGGAUUUGGAUUUGUCAAAUUUAAAGAUCCCAACUGUGUGGGAACAGUGCUGGCCAACAGACCUCAUACGUUAGAUGGCCGAAAUAUUGAUCCAAAGCCAUGCACACCUCGGGGGAUGCAGCCAGAGCGGACACGGCCGAAGGAAGGAUGGCAGAAAGGAUCCAGGAGCGAUAACAAUAAAUCCAAUAAAAUUUUUGUUGGUGGGAUUCCUCAUAACUGUGGCGAGACAGAGCUCAGGGAAUACUUCAAGAAGUUCGGAGUGGUCACUGAAGUUGUAAUGAUCUAUGACGCAGAGAAACAGAGGCCCCGAGGUUUUGGAUUUAUUACUUUCGAGGACGAACAAUCAGUGGACCAGGCUGUCAACAUGCAUUUUCACGACAUCAUGGGCAAAAAAGUGGAGGUGAAACGCGCCGAGCCUCGGGAUAGCAAGAGCCAAACUCCGGGGCCACCAGGGGCCAGCCAGUGGGGAAGCAGGAUCAUGCCAAGCGCUGCCAACGGCUGGGCAGGGCAGCCCCCUCCGACCUGGCAGCAGGGAUACGGCCCCCAAGGGAUGUGGGUGCCAGCUGGACAGGCAAUUGGUGGAUAUGGACCCCCUCCUCCAGGCAGAGGAGCUCCUCCCCCACCACCACCAUUUACCUCAUACAUUGUCUCCACACCUCCCGGGGGAUUCCCGCCUCCACAAGGAUUUCCACAGGGCUAUGGCACCCCUCCACCGUUUAGUUUUGGUUAUGGUGCUCCACCUCCUCCACCUGACCAGUUUGCCCCCCCUGGAGUCCCCCCUCCACCUGCCACUCCAGGGGCAGCACCACUCGCUUUUCCUCCACCACCACCACCAUCUCAGGCAACUCAGGACAUGAGCAAACCCCCGACUGCUCAGCCAGAAUUCCCUUAUAGUCAGUUUGGGUAUGGACAAGACUUGAGUGGGUUUGGACAAGGUUUCUCUGAUCCCAGCCAGCAGCCCCCUCCCUACGGAGGCCCCUCUGUGCAGCCAUCCAGCGGCCCCCCAGCCGGAGGCAGCGGCUUCGGCCGGGGACAGAACCACAACGUGCAAGGAUUCCAUCCCUACCGGCGCUAGCCUGGGCUGGCAAUCAGGGAGUGCUGUCCACAGGGAUCUCUGGGCCCAGCUGAACCCCGGGAUCCCAGACUUCUGAACUUGUGACAAUCACAUUACUUGAUGGAAGAAAAACCUAACAACAAUUUUUUCGUGGGGGGGGUGGGGGCAGAUGGCUUCUGAAGGCAGAGCUGUGGGUGUUUGGACUGCAGUUUUUAAAGAUUUUCCUUUCUCUAACCCAUCAGCACAAAUAAAGAAAAUGUCACUGGUUCAAAUUACAGGGUUUUAAAAAUGUCUUCAGCUUUAAUUCAAAACUUCAGGUUUCUUUUUUUUGAAAUUAUUUUUCCUGAGCCUUUGUUUUACCGUAUAUUGUAAACUUUUAUGUUUAAAAGAAAAAAAAAAAAUAUAUACAUUUACAGAUUGUGAAAUUUUUAAGAGAAAUUUUCUACUAUGUAUGCUGGCUUAUUUUUUAAUUUAAAACAGGGUUUCCACGAGCGCUGUCGGAGGCGGGGGAAGAGCUGCAAGCCCCUUCCUCCCUCCCCACGGCAGCGCUUGGGGCGGAGGGUUCCGAAACUCUGGGAGUUGACAGAAACCUGCUGAGUGUAUUUUGCUGUUUGUUGUGGGGGGCAGAGCUGGGCCGGGGCAGGCACAGGAGCUGCGGACGCACAGAGGCACUCGGGGAGCGCUGGCUCCGGGCUCCACGCUUCCCUCGCUCCGCCGCGGGGCUCCGGAGGCCUUGGCGAGAUGUGGAUUUCCCUCAGGCAAAAAGGUUUUGGUGCGUUUGGCACUGAGCAGUGCUGAGCCCUGGUUUGAAUAAAGACAAGAACCUUUGGAUUAGAAACACCA